AUGACAACAUCUCCUGCUAAUAAUAUCUCAGAAGAGGAGGAGGAUAACACUGAAGUCUCACUCAAUAGUGAAACAGACUUAAAGAACUUGGUUGAGAGACAACAACUAACCGAUGAUCACAACUCAAAGUUGGGCAAUGGGCAAGCUACAGCAGAACAAGAGGAGUUCAAUCAGCUAUCAAGGGAAAACAAAUUAGAUCGGUUGAAUAACUUGAUUGAAAAAUCACAAAUUUACUCCAAAAUCAUUGCUGAUAAUAUUUUACAAUCGGUAUUGACAAGCAGCAACAACAAGCAAGUAGAACCAGCAGUAUCUGGGUCAACAGCAGAACCUGACAAUCAAACAUCUGCAAAGACUGUUCUGCCAUCACGGAAAAAGAGGAAAACUACCAAAACUGCAACAAAAAAGGGACAGGAUAUCGUGUCAAUGUUAAAGACUGAUAUCUCAGAUGAUACAGUAGCUGCAAGAGAAGCUAUCGAAAGAUCGCAAGUUGGACAUACAAUGACACAGCCUAAGCUAAUUUCUGGAGGUAUAUUAAAAGAUUACCAGUUGGACGGUUUGGAAUGGUUGGUAACAUUGUACGAAAAUGGUCUUAAUGGGAUUUUGGCUGAUGAAAUGGGUUUGGGAAAGACAUUGCAAUGCAUUUCGUUUUUAGCUUACUUGAUAGAAAAUGGUAUAACUGGUCCAUUUUUAAUUGUUGUGCCCUUGCUGACGUUGUCCAAUUGGUAUAAUGAAUUGCAAAAAUUUGCCCCCAAGAUCAAGGUAUUAAAAUAUUCUGGAUCAAAGCACGAAAGAGCUCGGUUGAAUUUUAACAAUAAAAAGUUUAACAUUGUGCUUACAUCUUAUGAGAUAUCGAUAAAGGAUUUCAAGAAAUUUGCCGAUGUUUCAUGGCAGUAUUUGAUCGUGGAUGAAGGACAUCGGUUGAAGAAUAGCCAAUGCUUGUUGAUAAAGAUUCUAAAGAAGCUUGAUACAACCAAUCGAUUAUUAUUAACAGGGACGCCGCUUCAAAAUAACUUGAAUGAAUUAUGGUCUUUACUCAAUUUCAUUUUACCGGAUAUUUUCCAUGAUUUGGAAUUGUUUCAGCAAUGGUUUGAUUUUGACCAACUAGCAAAUUUUGAGCAAAAUGAACAGGAUGAGGAAACUAAAAACAUGAUUAAACUCAAUAUCCAGGAAACAUUGGUCAAGAAUUUGCAUACAAUUUUAAAACCAUUCAUUUUGAGACGAUUAAAGAGAGAUGCUAUAAAGGACUUGCCGCCUAAAAAGGAAUAUUUAGUACACAUACCAUUGACUGAAAUACAACGAAAGAUUUAUCGUGACGCAUUGGAUGGUCGAUUACAAAAAGGGUUAGUGGAAUCGAACUUAAAAGAGUUUUUGGCUUACAAUCAUAAGGAACUAUUCAGGGACUACGAUGUUGACUCGUUUUUGCAAAAUGUCAACUCUGCAACGUAUGAAAAGUUACCAAAAGAUGCCAUUAAGUCAUACCAGGAGGCUGAUUCUGAUGACGAAUUUGAAGUGGAGGACAACGACGAGGAUUCAACCAAUGGGGACAAGAAUUCAACUCCAUCGUAUGAUGAAGUCGUUUCCAGACUUGGAACGUUCAAAAGCAAGAGUGAUAAACAAACAGCGAUAUUGAAUGCGUUGUAUGGCGAUAUAGUGACCCACAUCAAGCAUUUGAAAUUGCAAGCAUUAAAGAUGAUUCAGUUGAGGAACAUUUGCAAUUCGCCAUAUUUGUACUAUGAGCCAUUUCCUAUUGAUGGAAACCAUGACAAGCAAUUUAUCGAGAAACUUUUGGAAAACCUGACCAAGUUUCGAGCCCUCAAUCAAAUUUUAUUACCAUUGAUUGAAUCGGGUCACAAGUGUUUGAUUUUUUCUCAAUUUACCAGAGUUAUGGAUUUAAUCCAGGACUGGUUAUACUUUCAAAACAUCAAAACUUGUCGUUUAGAUGGGUCUACGGCGCAAAGUGAUAGGGAAGAACAGAUUGCUCUCUUCAAUGAUAACAAAUCUCCAUACAAAGUAUUUUUGUUAUCAACCAGAGCAGGUGGAUUGGGUAUAAAUUUAACGGCAGCCGACACUGUGUUCUUGUUUGAUAAUGAUUGGAAUCCCCAAAUGGAUCUUCAGGCAAUUGAUCGUGUUCAUCGUAUUGGUCAAGAUAAACCAGUCAAGAUAUUCCGGUUUGUUGUUCGCGAUUCAAUUGAAGAGAUUUUAAUCAGUAAGUCUAGCUCGAAGCGAUUCCUUGAGAAAUUGGUUAUACAAAUGGGAGAAUUCAAGUUUAACAAGUUGAAACAAAUGAUGGGAGGCACUGGUAAUGAGUUAGAUACCAGUAUGAAGGAAUUAUUUGAGUGGAGCAAACACAAUUUCAACCAUGCUGAAUCACCACAAAACAAAAAUCCACACGAUACAUCGGUCACUGACUUGGAAUUGAAAGAGUUGCUUGAUAGGUCCGAGGCUUGUUAUCAAAACACUGAUGAUUCAAAAUUUACUAAUAUAACCAUCUUUGAAACUACAAAUAAUUUAGAUAAAUAG